AUGGCUGAACAGACCUGCACUCGAUUUCUGGAUCAAUGGAUUAAACUGGUUUCCCACAGGAGAAGUUUCUCCCUUGGUUUCUCUGUUUUAAACUUUGGAUUUUCCCUAGUGGCGACUCUAGGAAAUCUUUUAGUCAUCCGUGCCUUAAUGAAGACCUCAACGAUACCAACCACCGUCAAGAAGCUGUUCCUAAGUCUGGCUUUCUCUGAUCUUGCAGUUGGACUGUGUUCGCAGCUUAUGACCGCUAUUAUCAGUGCCGUGAUGUUGAAGAUGGCAUCAAGUGAAGACGACGUAGCCUUCUUUUGUCCAACAGUUUUGAUCGUACGUUUAUAUUUUCUGCAUCUUCUCGCCGCUGCAUCUUUCCUAAAUAUUAUUGUCAUUGCAUUUGAUAGACUUCUCGCUGUUUCGCUCCAUCUGCGAUAUCAGGAGCUUGUCACGCCCAUACGUGUUACAAUAGUGUUGGUAUCUUUAUGGUUAACAAGUUGCAUCGCUGCCUUCCUAUAUAUUUUCCUUCCGAAAGGCAUUGAAAUGGCAGCUGGCGUUUUUUCCGUUCUAGGGUAUGUUCUGACAACCAUGGCGUAUGUUCGUAUUUACAAAGUCGUCAAAUAUCAUCAGAAUCAGAUAUACAGUCAAAAUCGGCUUCAAAAUGCACAAACAAGGGAGGCACUCAGACAAAGAAAAUCCGCAUACAGCAGUUUAUUUGUUUGUGUACUUUUCUUAGCUUGUUAUUUUCCUUAUUUUCCUUGUACCAUACUGUACACGACAAACACCACUGAAAUUUCGUUUCUCGUAGCUCAUUUUGCGUCGGUUUUCUUAAUUUUCCUGAAUUCAUCAUUAAAUCCCAUUGUUUAUUGCUGGCGGUACCGAGAGAUUCGCCAAAUUGUAAAAAGCACAAUGAAGAAAAUACCUCGUUUGGACGAGAACAUGACGUGA